AUGUCAAGCAUUACAGAAUCUGAAUUAGAUUAUCAAAUCGAGCGUGCCACAAGAGAAACUAUCCCCAAUGGUGAAUUAGACUUACCUGCAGCAUUGGAAACUUCUGAUAUCAUCAGAUCUCGUCGGAUCCUCCCAAUAGACGCCAUGAGAUGUUUAAAGAAAAGAAUCAAAACCACCCAAUCAAACCCAAACACUCAAUUAGCAGUAUGGAAACUGGCCGAAAUUUGUAUCAAAAACGGUGGUAUCCCAUUUAUUCAACAAAUAUGUUCCAAAGAAUUCAUGGAUACCAUGGAACAUUGUAUCUUAGACAGUCAAGAUGACGAUGAAUUAAAUGAUUUGGUCAUCCGAUUAUUUUAUGAAUUAUACUUGGCCUUUAAUUCAGAUCCUAAUAUGUCUUAUUUAAAUAAAGUUCACAAGAAAUUAAAAUCCAAAAAUAUUGAAAUGCCUCAAGAAUUAUUACAAAAAAAUAUCUCUUCCACCAUCUUCGAUUCCAAAGUACCAGCAGCUUGGAUGGAGUCAGAUGCUUGUAUGAUUUGCUCCAAAAAAUUCACCAUGAUUAAUAGAAAACAUCAUUGCCGUUCUUGCGGUGGGAUAUUUUGUCAAGAUCAUUCUUCAAACUCCUCUGCCUUACCUGAGAUGGGUAUCCAUGAACCUGUCAGAGUUUGUGAUGAUUGUUUUAAUGAAGAAGAAUCGAAGAAAAAUGAAAUUUCAUCUAAAAAGAAAAAAACUCAUCGUCAUAAAAAAUCAAAACAAAAACAUUAUGAUAAUACCUAUGAUGAAGAAAGAGAAUUUAGAAGAGCCAUUGAAGAAUCAUUAAAGGAGACAAGAAACUCAUCAACACCGAUUGUUCCCGUUGUGGAAAGACCUCGCCAACCUUCUCCAAUUUUAUCUCAAGAAGAUCAAGAAGAUGCUGAUUUGAAAGCAGCUAUUGCUGCAAGUUUACAAGAAGCAGAAGCUGAGAAACAAAGAAGAAUACCAAAGCAACAACAGCAACAACAACAACAACAACAACAACAACAACAGCAGCAACAAUAUGCUCCCAUCGCUACUGCUCCUCAAUCCACGUUAUUAACUUCGGCAGAAGAAGAUGAUAUCUAUCUAUUCGCUUCUUUGGUGGAACGUCUUAAGACAAGGCCUCCAUCAGAAAUUCUAGAAGAUACUCAAUUACAAGCAUUAUAUAAAAGAGUCAUCUCUACAAGACCAAGAUUAAAUUCAGCAUUAAAUGAUACAAUAGUAAAGCAUAACACUCUACAAAAUAUGAACGGGAAAAUUUCCAAUAUUAUGACCAUCUAUGAUGAUUUACUAGAACGGCAAUUGAAUGAUAUUCAUUUAUAUCAACAACAAUAUACGACCCCUUCAGAUCCUUAUUCUUAUCGUCAAUCAAGUACAUCUUUACAACCAGCUUUUCAAAAUCCAUCUCAAAUACCUGAACAGAUACCUCAACAAGCUUCACAAAACGCUCAUCAAUAUGUACCUGAACAGAUCGUUCAGCAAGUUUCACAAAAUGCUCCUCAGCAAGCACUACCACAAGCUCAUCAAUAUGUACCUGCGCAACAGGUUCCUUUGCAAACUUUACAACAAGCCCCUCAGUCUCGCCAAUAUGUACCUGAACAAAUACCUCAGCAAGCUACACAGCAAACUUUGCAGCAGGCCCCUAAACAAGCCUUACAUGUUCCUCAACGACCAGCUCAGCAAGCUCCUCAAGUUACAUCUCCCCCAAUCUCUCAAAUGCAAAAUUUAAAACUUGAAGAAUCCGAACCUCCUGAAAUUGAUGGUCCUUCAGAACCUCCAUAUCCAAAGGAAGAUGAAGCCCCAGAAAUUCUUAAAACGACACUAGUUGAACUUCCAAAUGGGGUAGCAAAUACUCAAACUCCGUAUCCUAGCCAACAAGAAGAGGUAGCACAAAAGCCAAUUAUUCCUAAACAACAAGAAUUACCUCCUCAACAAAUACCAAAUGGGCAAACUGCAAAUGGGCAAACUGCAAAUGGGCAAACUGCAAAUGGACAAAAUAUUACUUCAUUUAAUUUCCCAACUGUUCCAGUUAACAAAGUCCAAACUAAUUUAGCUGAACCUAUUGUUGAGCAACAGCAACCUCUCGAACAGCAAGAAAUAGAAGCUGAAGAAGAACUUUUAUUAGAAUUAUAA